AUGGUGGCUAAAGAGGAAGCCAAAGUAUUGGACACUACGACUGACAAGCUGGUCGUGGUGGUGAUUGACGAAUCGAGAAGUCUGCUUGAAGGCAGAGUAAACCAUUUCCAUAUGCUGCAGCGAGCUCUCGUUUCGGCAAACAACACUAUCGGCGGAACAGCUGUGCUCGAAAUUCUAGAGUUGGGGUUUGAAUCGAUUGUGAAACUGGGUCGCCCACUGUGGCAAAGCAUACUUAAGGACCUAGUUGGAAUGAUUAAAGUUUGGUACGGUCUCAUCGAUGCAUUAAAAGCGUUCAUCCUACCUCAGUUCGAGAAGUUGGUGUUGAACGAAGCACUGGCUAUAGGUCGGAUUGAGGAGGUGGUUGUUCGCAUUGUGCUGCUUCUUGCGAUGGACAAAUGUGUGAUGGGCGAUAAAGAGAUCCCAUGGUGCGAGUUCACAGCUGAGGUUGGCGCCAAACGAGAAAACGCUAUGGUAUUUGUUAGGACGUCGGGCCGCGGGUACUUUUCCUUGCGCCGAGGGCCGAUCUACUGA